AUGCCAUCGUCUAUACCUCUACCCCGUGAAGCCAUAAAGCUAUUCAAACCAGGCUAUGCUCAUCUUCUGAACCUCCUCCAAAACUCAUUGGGCCUCGAUCCUCUGACGCUGGUGAAUACCGGCCUGCUUCUUGCUGGCAUUUUCACUUUUCUGCGCUACCUCUUCACCCGCGUCAUUGUCUUAUGGGUAACGGUGCGAAUCAACGACGAUGAUCAACUAUACGAUAGCCUGAUGAGGUGGAUGUCUGACCACCAAUUCAUGAACCGCCAAUUUCGAAGCGUCAAAGCCAUCAGUGCUUCUAAGAGUACAUGGGAAGAUGAGGAAGAGGCACUCAAAUCAAUGAUUCGCAACGGCAACAAAAAUAUCCUAACCGAGCCCGAUCCCAACAAUCUGAUUAGCUAUCGAACUAUUGUCGGAAGAUCACCAAUAAGUCUACAGCCGUUCCAGGGAACGCAUCUUUUCCGUCGUCAUGGGAGUUGGAUCCUUUUCCAACAUUUAGUCAAACGAGGCAGUGAAUUGGUACCUAAUGUCAAAGAGACGGGUUAUAUCCAGCUGAAGUGUCUGGGAUCCUCGUUUGCGCCCGUACGGGGACUACUUGAAGAGGCGCAGUUGUAUCAUCUUGAAAGAACAAAGACGACUACGACGGUACAUCGAGCGAUUUCGAACGUGCGUGACAUGAUUCGUUGGACGCGGUUUAGUGCCCGACCUUCGAGGGAUAUGUCGACUGUUAUUUUUGAUAAGAGAGCCAAACAGGAGCUUUUGCAGGAUAUUAAUGAAUAUCUUCACCCGCAUACAAGGAGGUGGUAUGCUAAUCAUGGUAUUCCGUAUAGACGUGGUUACUUGUUUUCAGGGGCGCCUGGGACGGGUAAGACUAGUCUGACAUCUGCUUUGGCUGGUGUCUUUGGAUUGGAUAUCUACGUGUUGAGUUUACUAGAUCCGAAUAUGAAUGAGUCGGCUUUGAUGAGGCUUAUGUCGGAGGUUCCGUCGCGAUGCAUUGUCUUAUUGGAGGAUAUUGAUGCUGCAGGCCUGAAUCGUCCGGCAAGUGAGCCAAAGCCAGGACACGCUCGAAGAAACAAGAUAGGCAACACCGCCGAAUCAACUGCGCCGAGUGUGACUCAGGGAAGUGUUCAAGGCAUCCAGAAUGGUUCUGCAGCGACGUCAGUCUCCUUGUCGGGUUUACUGAAUGCAAUUGACGGGGUAUCUUCGCAAGAGGGUCGUAUCCUGAUUAUGACCACGAAUUCACCCGAAUCUCUGGAUAAGGCUUUGAUUCGCCCCGGUCGUGUCGACAUGCAUAUUGCUUUUGAGCUUCCGUCCAAGGUCGACAUGCAAGAGUUGUUUCUGUCCAUGUAUCGAGACGAUACUGUUUCUGUCAUUCAUGGUUGUGAGGUGAAUACGAACAAGGAACAAGACAAGACGGAUAACCGGCACUUGGAGAGUCUUGCUGUCAGAUUCGCGGACUCCAUUCCGGAAAGGAAGUUUAGUCUUGCGGCUUUGCAGGGAUACCUUCUCCAAUACAAGAGAAGCCCUGAAGAGGCUUGUAGCAAAGCCGCUGAAUGGGCGGAGAAGAAACUGGCCGAGGAUGAUGAAUAGAUGAGACAACAACGUUAUGAUCAGCAAACUGCGGUUCUGGAUUGAAUAUAUAAUGUCACCGAGAUCAAAAUGAAGUAUAUAGAAUGUCACCGCACUCGCAAAACGGGAUAGUCUUCAAUUUCCAACAUCAUGGCAUGGAUAUAUUGAUCAUAUGGGGUC